AUGCAAAGCCCAUCGGACAAGGCAGGACUAUAUCCUGGUCCACCAGUGAAGCGCUCUCUGUCUACCUCUCAUCCGACAGGCUCACCGUUAGCCACGGCGGUCGCGACUUCCAAGGUCCCUAGGGUUGAUGCUUCCGUCGUCCCGUCUCCGUUCUCUGCAUCACGAAGGUCGAUGGAAAAGAGAGCAACGGUAGACCAUCGCCCUCACCCAUCCGGUCGUGGAAGGGGUCACAGAAAUGUACCUUCGUCACAUCCACACUCCUCUCGUCUAGCUGGGCCGAGCAGUGGUCCACUUCCCCGUGCUUCAAAACGUUUGGGGUUCGGCAAGAAGCUUGAGCUGCCUGGACCAUUCCAUGAUGAAGCGCAUGUCACCGAACUGUACAACAAGUCGCCAAUACCUAUCAAGGAGAAACAUACAGCAGCCCCAAAGGGCACACUGGCCAAUUUUUGCUCGAACAUUACCAAAGAAGCUCCAAAAUAUUCCUCGGAGAACGGUAUAAUCAACCGCGGAGGGCACAUCUCGCUGAUAUGGAGAAUCACGUAUCCCGUUCUGACCUGGUAUCCAAGGUCCACUGUGACAGUUCCAGGCGUCGAUCCACUUAUAACAGCGACCGGAGAUGCAAGCGAGAAAAAGGAAGCUGAAAGGAUUGCCGCACUUGGAGCCUUGUUUCAGUUACAGCAUCGGGGCUUGCUCGACCAGCCAAAGAAGUCAUCAGCCGCAGCAUUUAAACCCGAAAUCACCCUCUCAGACGGUAGCGUUAUCAACUAUGAACGCGCUCGCAACUUUAUGGAUUACUACUGUCGCCGGUACAAAUUCGGAAAGGUUGACCUUAUCCAAACGCAAACCACGGGGGGCGGCCCUGAGCAAUGGGAAACCAUCAUGGAAAUCAACAAGAGUCGUAUCGGCGUAGGAAAAGGUCCCAGCAAACAAGCUUCGAGGAUUCAGUGUUACUUGGACGUGACACAGUAUCUACAAAGCUGUGAUCCCGGGCUCUGGAAUGACUUUGUUGAAGCUGCGAAAUCCGGUGCCGAUUUGGGCAUGGCACCCCGAGUACGAGUGAGCAUCAGUAACCAGCUCGACGAGGCCAUUCAAGAUCUUUGCUAUGACAUUCGAACGAGUUCCUUGUUUCGCAAACGACCAGCCAAGAUUGUACAACAACCUUCUGAAGCUAGUGCCGCCGCCAUUCCGACUUCAGGCCCUGGACCAAACCUACGUCUGGAACCCAAGUCCAAACAUCUGCUACACAAGCGCCAACAGUACCUCGUAGACCCAGCAAUGGAAAAGAUGAGGAACACUCGCCAGGCCCUGCCAGUCUACACCCGUUCCAAGGCGAUCCUUGACCACAUCAGCGACAACGAAGUCACAAUAUGCAUGGCUGCAACUGGAUCUGGCAAAACAACGCAGAUUCCUCAAUUAAUCCUCGACGACCACAUCGACCGUGGCAUAGGCGCUGAAUGCAACAUCAUUUGCACACAACCUCGGCGUUUGGCUGCUAUAUCCGUUGCCCAUCGUGUCUCAGCCGAGCGAGGCGAAGAGUUGGGUGGUUCCAUAGGCUACCAAGUGCGGUUCGAGCAGAAGCUUCCGGAGGAGCAUGGGUCAGUAACCUUUUGCACCACCGGCGUGUUCCUCAAACGACUCCAAUCUGUAAUGUCGGGCACUGACCCGAGGAGGAGGAGGGAGAUGGAUCGCGUUACACACAUCAUAGUGGAUGAAGUCCAUGAACGGGAUGUCGACACCGACCUGCUAUUGGUGGUACUCAAGCGUAUCAUGGAGGAUCGAAAAGCGCGAAACCUACCUCUCAAGAUUGUCUUGAUGAGCGCUACGGUGGACCCGACCCUCUUCCAAAGCUACUUCAAAGAUGACUCAGGGAAUCCCGCUCAGGUCAUCGAUGUGCCUGGCCGAGCGUACCCGGUCGAGAAACGGUUCAUGGACGACUUCAUCCCAAAGUUGAUCUCGGGACCGUCAAGGUGGCUUGUUGGGCAGGAAUCCGUAUCCCGGUACAUCUAUAAGCAGCUUGGUGCCGAGGCGGCGCGAAACCUUGGAAUCAACCCCGCCAAUGUGCCCUCGGACAAUGAUGAUCUCGAGCUUCCCUAUCCUCUCAUCGCAGCCACAAUCGCCCAUGCGCUUCAGUCUUCCGAUGAUGGCCAUGUUCUUGUCUUCCUUCCAGGAUGGGACGAGAUCAUGGCGACUCAAAGAGCCCUCCAGCAACCGCUAGGUCCUCUCCCGAUCGACAUCAACAACACGUCCAAAUACUCUGUUCAUCUUCUCCAUUCCACCGUCCCGUUACAAGAACAACAAGUCAUCUUCGAGCCUCCUCCGCCGGGUGUUCGAAGGGUCAUCCUUGCCACCAACAUUGCUGAAACCUCCGUCACCAUCCCCGAUGUUGUCUACGUAGUGGAUUCAGCCAAGGUGAAAGAAACACGAUACGAGCCGCAACGACAUAUGUCUGCCCUCGUUUCUGCAUGGGUCGGCAACUCCAACUUGCAUCAACGAGCUGGCCGUGCAGGCCGCCACCGCCCUGGGAUUUACUACGGGAUUCUGAGCAAGGCACAGGCAGCCUCGUUACGUCCCCACCAGACGGUCGAAAUGAAGAGGUCGGAUUUGAGCAAUGUAGUGAUGCACGUCAAAGCGCUCAACUUCCCUGGCAUGUCGGUGCAAGAAGUUCUCGCAGCAACGAUUGAGCCCCCUGAGGCAGAGCGUGUUGAGGCUGCCCUCAAGAAUCUGCACAUGGUCGGGGCCAUCGAUGCUGAACAGACCUUGACCCCACUCGGCAAGGUGCUGCUGGUAUUGCCCGUCGAUGCACAGAUGGGCCGCCUAGUUCUCUAUGGCGCUUUCUUCAAGUGCUUAGAUCAAGCCCUAACACUUGCCGCGAUCCUAUCCAACCGCGACCCUUUUGUGUCACCUCUUCAUUUGAAGAAGGAAUCUACUGCCAAGAAGAAUUCGUGGGCACCAGAAGGGUUCCGUUCAGACCCCUUGGCCACCCUGCGAGCAUUCAAUGCCUGGUGGGAUCUGCAGUCCAAAGGGCAAUAUGUCGCUGCCAACCAGUUCUGUUUCGAUAACUUCCUCGCCAAACCGACCUUGCUUCUCAUCCAAAAGGUCAAGCAACAACUUCUGCAGGCGAUGGACUACGCUGGUGUAUUGGAUGUUUCAGCAGGCGGACGAGCCAGGAUGGUUGGUCGUUCGGUUCCACCAGAAUUGAACAUCAACGGGGAGUGUUGGCCUUUGCUGGCCGCUCUGGUUGCUGUUGCGUCGCAACCCAGGUUUGCUCUCCGGACCGGGGAUGUGACUCUACGGACGGCGACAGACAGGUUGGCUUUCAUCCAUCCGUCAAGCGUCAAUAAUCGGAGACGACAGGCCGCAAAGGAAUCACCAGACGCCCCGCCAGAGGAAAAAGCCCUUUACGCUUACGCCGAAAAACGACAAAACAUAUCACAGGGCCAAGGAUCGAGCGCUCAAACAUUUUUGGUUACCACGACGCGUCUGGAUCCAUUGAUUUAUCUGCUUUUCGGUGCAUACAAUGCCGAGAUUGCUGAGCGUGGAUUGGAAUGCGACAGGUGGCUCCCCGUUGUCGGUGAUGUCGAUACCCUGGACAACAUUCAGCGGUUGAAGACGUACAUGGAGGAUUUAUUCCUCCGAGUGUAUGAAGGCAUUGUUGCAAGCCGUAACCGCAUGCGUGAAACCAUGCCUCUGAUCCCCCGUGAACGAGAAUCGGAAGACGACUACGACUACGAGAUCGACAGAAACGAACUGCCACUCUCCAACCAAGAAAUACAAGAGCUAGACCGGUUGACUCAAAGUAUCGUUCAGAUUUUAAGGAGGUACAGCGAAGAGAGGAUGGAGUCUCAAUCCAGGAGUAACUCGAGACCUGCUACACCAAUGACUUCGCCCGGAAGGUUUUCGGCGAGGCUCCCUGGUGGAUCUCAGACCUCGGGGUACAACACCCCAUUCCAAUCACGGCCAGGAACCCCUAGCAGCCUUGCACACUGGUGGACAAAGCGACUGUACAGCACCAAGCCACCACCGGAAUUUGCCGAGAAGGCUCACAAUCUUCAGGUGUUGUUGGCGCCGACAGGACGACAUCAAGGACCCCAAGCGGGAAAAAUCGACAUGGCCGACUCAUCAGCACCCGUCACUCUGCGAACACGCAAAUUCAUCACCAACCGACUCCUCGCCCGUCGCCAAUUCGUCGUCGACAUCCUCCACCCUGGUCGUCCCAAUGUCUCGAGAUCUGAUCUCGCUGAAAAGCUCGCAGCACUUUACAAAACCGACAAGGACCGUGUCGUAACAUUCGGUCUCCGAACUCAAUUUGGUGGUGGAAGGAGCACGGGUUUCGCUCUCAUCUAUGACGAUGAGGAGUCGCAGAAGAAGUUCGAGCCCAGAUACCGACUGGUGCGGUCCGGUCUUGCUCCCAAGGUGGAGAAGGCUUCUCGCAAGCUGAGGAAAGAGCGAAAGAACCGUGCCAAGAAGCUCCGCGGCACCAAAAAGGUCAAGGCUGCCGAAGCUCCCAAGAAGAAGUAAUCGGCUGGCCUUCUUCUGUAUGUAUGUUGUUGGUACUGCUGGUGUACAUCCCAUGUCCUUGUAUGCCCGUUAUGAAAUAUGCCUCGAAACCUCCGCGCUUCUUAUCAGCCGUUC